GCUGCUCAGCUGAACCCGGAAGAGAGAGAGAGAGCUCGAGCGCAGACUCAUAAACAAACUCAUCGAGUGGAGAAACAUCUAAUAAUCCAUCAAUCUUUAUAAAAGCUCAGACAACAUCAACAUGGACGACACACUCUUCCAGCUGAAGUUCACCUCUAAACAGCUGGAGCGACUGGCGAAGAAGGCGGAGAAAGACUCGAAAACCGAGCAAGCCAAAGUCAAGAAGGCUCUCCAGCAGAAGAAUGUGGAGUGUGCGCGAGUGUACGCAGAGAACGCGAUCCGCAAGAAGAACGAGGGCCUGAACUGGCUGAGGAUGGCGUCUCGAGUCGAUGCCGUGGCCUCGAAGGUGCAGACCGCUGUGACCAUGAAGGGGGUGGCGAAGAACAUGUCUCAGGUCACUAAAGCGCUGGAUAAGGCUCUGAACUCCAUGGACCUGCAGAAGGUGUCGGCCGUCAUGGACAAGUUCGAGACGCAGGUCCAGAAUCUGGACGUACACACCUCGGUGAUGGAGGACUCGAUGAGCUCGGCCACCACCCUCUCCACCCCCCAGCAGCAGGUGGACGACCUGAUCCUGCAGGUGGCGGAGGAGAGCGGGCUGGAGGUGGAGGACCAGCUGAGUCAGCUUCCAGCCGGAGCCUCAGCGCUGGGGGAGACGUCUGUGCGCGCGCAGGAGCGGGAGGACCAGCUGUCCCGACGGUUGGCGGCUCUACGUAACUGACGGCGUUCACAGAUUCUGCUGGAGGACUUUAUCAAAGGCUGAUUUUUAUAACACACACACACACACACACACAUUGUAUGAUGAACAGGAGCACUGUCUCUCCUCCGGCUCUUCCUUCUCCUGUCUCUUCGGCAGCAACGGGCCUGUCCCCUCUCUCCUCUGGGUGACCCGGGCCUGUCCCCUCUCUCCUCUGGGUGACCCGGGCCUGUCCCCUCUCUCCUCUGGGUGACCUGGCUUUC